UUUAAUUAAUCAUUCAUUAAUUAAAUAUAUCAUUCAUUUACAUGAAAUCAUUCGCUAGAAAAAUUCAAAUACAUACUGAAUUUUAAAUUCAAGUAGAUCCGGAUGCGGUGUCACACUUUGUGUGGAGGAGUAUUUUUUAGGUUCAACAGGUGGUUAGAGAGGGCUAUUGUUGGUGUGUUGGAGAUGGCAAAACUAUUAACGUUUGGUCGGAUCCAUGGCUUCCAGACGCUUUAAACUCCAAAAUGUCUUCUGAUUUGUUUGAUGGGUUGGAGGAGCUUAAAAAGGUUAGUCUUAUCUCUUUGAGGGGUGGCAGUUGGGAUAAAGACCUUCUGGAGGAGCUCUUUAAUGGUAGGGAUGUUGAGUUAAUUAGAAGGAUUCCUUUGAGCAAGAGAGACGUGCCGGACCGAAUCACGUGGAAGGGAGAGGAAAGUGGCAAGUUCUCUGUCAAGAGCUGCUAUCGGAGGCUAACUGGAGAAUUGAAUCGGGAUGGAUGGGUGGGAUGGACUGCAGUUUGGAAUUGGGAUAUUCUACCCAAAAUUAAAACUCUCUUUUGGCAGAUAUGCAGUGGCACACUUCCCACGACGGCGAACCUUCGGAGGAGACUUGUUGCGUGUGCGGAGCGGUGCGGGUUGUGCGGGGCAGAGGAUGAAUCUCUGAUUCAUCUCUUUGUUUUGUGUCCAGAUGCUCUUAAGGCGUGGGAGUCGGUGGGCUGGAGUUUUGGCUGGAUUCAGGGAUUGAAUUUUUCAGAAUGGCUGCAGCAGGUGUUUGACAGUAACAAAGGGGAUGAGUUACGUAAAGUGGCUUGGGGUUGCUGGGGAAUCUGGUCUGAACGCAACAGGCGGGUGUGGCAGGGUGAGCACCUUGAUCCACAACAGUUUAUGCACAAAGUGUGGGGUUUUGUGGACAGUUGGCAAGCGGCUGAUGUACUUGUAUUUUACGCACUUUUUAGGCUUAGUUUGUCGUUAAUUUUAGUUAUUAAAAUUCUACGUUUGUACAUAUUUUUAUAAUUUGUCGUUAGUUUGUACUUGUGCAGUCCUACACGGGUAUUUUGUAUUUUCAGGUACUUUUGAUGCUAUUUGGAUACAUUAGAGUGAACAAAAGAAGAAAAUAAAAGUUCAACUUGGAGGUCAAUAAAAGUGGAAUUUCCUUCAAAAUAAAUAAGGAGUAAUUGAAGAAAAGAAGCAAAAAUAAAAAUGGUGGAGCUGGGAUUCGAUCCCCGGAGAAAGGGUAGAAGAAUGUCUACUACAACCAGUGUGUUAAGUGAUCAAUAUUGUACAUAUUCAGCUGGCAAUUGUUAUAUUCCUUCUGAACGCGGCAAAGAAAAGAACAAAAUGUUGAAGCCUAGAAUCGAUCCCACAAUCUCCGAGUUUUCCACUGAAACGCUUGUCCAUUGAGCUACCUAUCACUGUUGGAACUUUACUGCGCUUUGUUCUACAUAAACUCAUCUGUUUCGUAAAUUCCAGCAAUUAAUGAUUAAUCACCUUAUCAUUAUAUUGCCUUAAUCCAUCUUCCUCCACACAUAAGCUCGGACCAACUUCUCUCUAAACAUCCCAGAAACAUUUCCUCCUCCUUCUCUCUUCAUUUCUCAACCCCAAAUCAUCAACCCAUCUUUAACCAUAACUAAUCACUUUCUCAUCCAAGAUUAAGUCAAGAUUAGCAUCAAAGCUCCAAGGAUUGUCAUCUAUCACAAGUUUGAUCUUCCUUAUUGUAAC